AUGAUGGAAUUGGAACGGACUGUGGACACUCUGUCACGAGAGCUUCCCGAAGCACUUCUCCAACUACGAAGCGACAACCUGAGAGAGUCUCUUACAAAGAUAGAGACUAUGUACGACGCGAUUACAGACCUCAUGGAAACGGCUGUCACUUUACCUGAGGAUAUCUCGGAUGUAGAACGAGAUAAAAAGUUAAAGGCCAUUCAAACUCGCUCCGAAGAUCGCCUUAGGAUGUGCUCUAACGAGAUACCCGGUAUUCGUGACCGCAUCAACGAUUUUCUUGCAGAGGAUGGGCCAAGGUCGUUUCUCCGUCAGGCUGUACAGAAGGCAUUCGACAAAUCUGAUGAUUUUGUUAGCUAUUACCAAAAGAGCAAGACCUCGAUGCUGAGCUACUGGGUUGAUGUAGUCAAGCGAAUUUCUCUGCUGCAAAUGGCUUAUGGUGCUCCGAACGUGGAUUUUUUCCGAAGGCACACUCACAGUCCGACGCCAAAAGGAUAA